AUGGGUAAUGAAAAGAAUCUCUCUAACGACGAAAAAAAGCUGCUGCUUGCAGUGAAGAAGGAUGAUUUCAGAGGAACUUCAGACCUCUUGGCCACAUUAAAGAAAAAAUCUAAACGCAGUGAACCCUCUGAUGUAAAUUUCCGAGACAAGUAUGGGAAGACGGCAUUACAUGUCGCGGCAUCUACCGGAUCAAAGACAACGACGGCUUCCUCCCCGUCCACGUGGCCUACACCUUCUCGUGAUACGCUACUUCAUUUGGCUGUCUCUGGGAAUCGAUGUUCUGAUGUGGAUUUAGAACUGCUUGUUGAGCUAGGCGUGAAUAUAUUAGCGGAAAACAGCAAGAAAGAAACGGCUUUUCUCAAAACACUGCGAGACAGUGGACGAACUGAUCAGUCGUGUCUGCUGCUGAAGUUGGCCGAUAGGAAGGUGACUGACAAGGGAGACUUCAUGGCCAUGAUGGACUUGGGAAUGCAAGUGGCUCCACAGAUGGGCAAAGUGUCUGUUAUGCAGCAGUGUCUCGAUUUCGGAUAUGACGUCAACCGUGUGGGAAUGGAGGGUACUGCAAUGCAUGGGGCAGUCAAGUUCGCACAGCUAACUACAAUUGAAUUUCUUCUCGAAAAAGGAGCGAGGACUGAUGUCAAAGAUCGCUAUGGAUUUUCGGUCGAUGAUAUCUUGUGGGGCGAAAACGCCUCUCCAUGCGACAAAUUGAAUGACAAGAUCAAGUGUACAAUCAAUGCUUUCAAGGAGCAAAGCAAUGAUGAAAGCUACCAAGGACGAAAAUUGUACCCUAGUCUGACAAUCGAAUGCGGCUUAGAUCCGGAUAGACAUGGAAGAACAGAAGCGGUCAAAGAGAACUCGGAAGUCAGUCUGCAAAAAGCAGAUGUUGGAAUGAAAGGCGGUGAAUCAACUGACGAAUCAGAUAACUCUGGAGCCCUAGUUGAGGAACAUCAGCCGAUGUCUUUAAGCGUUGAUGGAGACAAAGUUGAAGCUAGUGAUCACAUUGACGAUAUAAAUGGGUUGAAAGGAUUCAAACCCGGAGAGAAAACUGAUGAGCAACAAACAAAGUUCAGCGCAGAAGCUGAAGUCGACACUCAAAAUAACCUUUCUGAGGGUUCGAAGGAAGAUUCCUGUGAGAAAACAAAGCAAGGUGACAACGAUGUGAACAUUUCGACUUUGAGGCAGUCAGAAUUAAUGGAAAAUAUUGAAACAGCCGACCUGGGAGAUGAGUUAGCAAACGCAGAGAUUACUUGCGGAGACCAAAAGGAGACUCCAGUGGAAGAGGAAUCUAUCGAAACCGACAAAGGUUGCACAGUGGUCAAUUCGGAACCCAGCCAGAUGGAAUCACUCGAUGAGUUGAAUAAUGAAGAGGAAGACGAGGAAUUUGAGAAUGAGGUAGGCGCAAUAAAGAUCGGAAAAUCAAAGGCACCAGCCGAGAGACUGACAUCAGUUGCCAUGGGAAAGCAAGUGAACCCAGACGCAGAAGGGGGCUAUGGUUAUAUUUUGCUGAAUCUGCGGAAGAACAAGGUAGAAGUGAGACCCCUGCUGAAGUCCCAUCUCUACUUCACCACUGAGCAAGUGGAGAUCAACACAGACCAGACACGACUCUCUGCUGCCUCCACAAGCAGCAGUGGAGAGGAGCAUCACCAGGCCGCUUUCUUCAACUUUGCUUUCGAACCAGGGCAACGCAUGCAACAUCAGGGCGAAGAAAGUGGGGAUGAACCAAAUGCAACGAAGGACACAGAUGAUUUGAAUGAGAAAGAAAAUUUAGAGCUGCCCAGUUCUGGCCCACAUGGCCGGAUCUCUACAAAUAACAGCACUGAUUGGGACAAGGAUCUGAUGAAUUUGGCUGGAGUAGGGGAGGAUCCCACUGUGUUUGCGUACAAAUUCGAACAAGACAUGAUAGACGGAAUGGUGCCCAAAACUAUUGCAGAAUGGCUGUUGCAGAUCCGUUUGAGUCACCUCGAGUCGACGUUUAAAGAGAACGGAUAUGAUGACAUUUCUUUCAUUGGUCUAGAUGUGUUAACAGUGGAAAGUUUGAACUACAUGGGAAUCAAAGACCAGCUCACAGUCCAGGAUAUCAUCACUUCUAAAGCAGUGAAAGAAUGUCCCAGGGUUCCCAGAUUGGAGGACUCAGAUCCACCGUUAAACAAUAUCUACCAAUGGCUAGACAUGUUGAAGUUGACUCAAUAUGAGGACAAUUUUGAGAAGGCUGGGUGCAAUGAGGAUCUCUCCAAUAUCGAGGAUUCUUGGCAGCUGUUACUGAAAAAAAAUAAGUUCGAUAUCUCAUGCGUUGGACAUCGGCUGCGGCUUCUUGCAUCCUUGAACAUUAAAGAUCUUCGCACGAAAUUAAAGCGUCUGAAAGGCAAUGAAACAGGUCUCACGUCCGUCGAAGAUUUGGAUAUUGAUCAGCUGAACUGCUUUGAAGACUUUGUUGCGUGCGAAUUGAAGGAUACGAACGAGCUCAUGAGUGAUCAUCCCGACUUUAACAGGGACCAGUUGGAAUCCGAGAUCAAUCGAGACGUACCCGAUGUGCCUGCAACUCCGGUCACGUCUCCAACAACUCCCUCGUUCACGGCGGAGCUCUCUCCUCUAGAGACGAAAAUCUUCCAAGUUGGGUUUCUGGGAGUGUUUCCAUUCAACGGCAUUGAGCCCUCUGAGAAGACACUGAUUGCAGCUUGUCAGGCUACCCUGGACAAGGGAGUGAAAAAAGUGCCCAGACUACAGCUACAGGUCAACUUCUGCUCCAUCAGAUUGUCAGACCCUCAGCUAGGCAUUCUCGAGAUGGAGCAUGCAAUUCCCAACAUCCAGUGCGCUGCCCUAAACACAGACCACAGGACCUUCGCAUAUGUAGUGGCUGAGAGACAGGCCAUGCGAGUUGCCAUUGCACCAGACGCAGCCAAAAACAAAGACGGUCCACUAAUAGUGCACGGAGGAGGGUCAGCGGUGCAACCUGUGAAGAGAAUGUGCUACAUAUUCCAGACAAUCGACCGUGACCAGAAGCAGAGGGGUGGAAAGGAAGUGAUGAGUUCUUUAAGAGCUGCCUUCCAGACCGCAUUCAAAUUCGUCAACGAAAAUCAGCCCAAUUCACAGGCAGUCAAGGCAACAGGACACUAAAUGACCAAACUCUGUAUAGACAGAGAAAACUCUAAUUUUUACCCUGAAUAUUUUCUACUAGUUUAAUUUUUAAUCCAUGUUAUCCGCUCUCAAAAAGGAGGCUAUUCCAAACCCCUACUAUAAAACAAGGCACUCCGCAUUGUUUAUGAUUUUUUGAUGCCUUGAAAUACUUGCAAAUAUCAUUAUCAGAGGCGGUAUGAAUGU